CUGAACUGGUGCGGAGUAUUUAAGUUUCUCUUACUGCAGCCAGUUUCUGGCUAAAAAGAGCGGAUCAAAUUAUGGUAGCCACGCGGUGUUUAAAGACUGUUGACUUCGUAUUAUUUUGAAUGUUCUCUUUGAUAUAAAUUUAAUCAAUAACAUAUUUAAUGUUGAUUGAAUAAUAAGUGUUGAGGUUAAACAAGAACGCCAAGAGGAACCACAAUGAAUCGACCAAAAAAUGCAAAAUACCGUGGAAAGGCGCCGGUCAACAAGGAAGCCUUAGCGAGAUACUCAAAAGGUUCUGGUAUCGAUUUAAAACAAAAAACGACUGCAAUUAAGAAUAAAGUAUUGAGAUCAAAACUAAAGAAAAAAGAGCUAGCUAUAGAGAAAGCAGCGGAAGCUUCCGCUCGGAAAGAGUUACUACUAACAGAAGAGCAUGGUUACCUGGAAGCUGAAGAGGGAGAAACUACUACUGCAUAUCGACAGAAACAAAUCGCAGACAACGUUAACCUAAUAAGUGCAGCCAAACAAUUCAAACUGGACUUGCGAUAUGGCCCCUAUUGCUUUAGGUACACCAGAAAUGGCAGGCAUUUACUCCUGGGUGGGAAACUAGGUCAUGUUGCAACUUUCGACUGGGUGGAAAAGAAAGUAGCCUGUGAAAUAAACGUAAUGGAGUCCAUACACGAUGUCGCAUGGUUGCAUCAGGAAACUAUGUUUGCAGUAGCUCAGAAGGAUUGGGUUUAUGUGUAUGACAAUCAGGGGGUGGAGUUGCAUUGCUUGAAGAGGAUGAAUCGUGUAACAAGACUGGAAUUUUUGCCUUAUCAUUUCUUGCUCGCCAGUGGAUCCACCGAUGGUAAUGUAGCCUGGCUAGAUGUAUCCAUAGGCAAGCUUAUUUCCCGUUUCAACACAAAUCUUGGCAGAAUAUCUGUCAUGACACAAAAUCCAAGUAAUGCUGUCUUAUGUAUUGGAGACUCGAGAGGAAUAGUAUCCAUGUGGUCUCCGAACGAACAUAAGCCAUUGGCAAAGAUGCUCUGCCACAAACUUCCAGUCAUGACAUGUGCCGUACAUCCAUAUGGGACUUAUAUGGCAACGAGUUGCGCAGAUAGAUCUGUAAAGCUCUGGGACGUCAGACAAUUGGCAGGGCCAGUCAACCAUGUAUUUCUUCGUUCUCCUGCUUAUCGUAUGUCUUAUAGCCAGUGUGGUCUUCUCGCCCUUGCGAUGGGCAACGUGGUGGAAGUUUAUAAAGAAACGUCGGGUAAAUUCAAGCCGUAUAUGCGGCAUAAGACCGCUCGUAACAUAUGCUGUGCGAAAUUUUGUCCGUAUGAAGAUGUACUAGGAAUCGCUACGGCCAAUGAAUUUUCGUCACUGCUGAUACCAGGAAGCGCCGAAGCGAACUAUGAUGCGCUCGAGACUAAUCUGUUCGAAACUAAAACGCAGCGACGAGAAACGGAAGUGAAAGCACUUUUGGAGAAAAUACAGCCAGAAUUUAUUACCCUCGACUCGACCAGUAUAGCGGAGGUUGAUGUACCUACUUUGAAGGACAAAGUAGAAGCAAAGAAGAAGCUUAUGUAUAUCAAACCAAAAUCGAUCGACUUCAAAUCCCGACGGUCAAAGGCUAAGGGAAAAGGUGGCACUGCGAAGAUAAUAAAAACUAAGAAGAUAUUAAAAGACUUAAGUCGUCGGGAAGCAAUCAAAACGUUUCGUGAAGCGGCAGAAGAAGAGACACCGAAGAAGCUUGAAACUCAGAAUAAAGAUUACGGUGUAUUAAAUAGAUUUGUAUCGAAAUAAAGAUAAACAUUAAUUUAGAAGUUAUUAUAUAUAAGCACUUAAAAUAU